AUUUUUAUGGGUUGGAUUUUCUGAGAGGCGUUGCCGCACUAGAAGCGAGUAGUUUUUAACCUCCGCAGCCAAGCAAUUGUUCAUACAAACGCAUUUGCAGCCGCCUACAGUGAACUUCUUGUCAAUUUAUCCGGAACCUUUCAUUAUGGCCAACUACAUUCAUGUACCCGACGAGGCGCCCGCUGUACCCAAAAUAGAUGUCACGUUAGACGAGAACGAUUACAGAUCUGGUGCAUUGAGACUGAUCAAGGAACUGAGACCAUUCUGGAAACCAUCCGAGGUCAAAAUGAAGUUCUUCACAGAUGGAAUCACCAAUAAGUUGCUGGGCUGCUACGUGGGCGUGGUCAUGCAGGAUGUGGUCCUGGUGCGUAUCUAUGGCAACAAGACAGAGCUGUUUGUGGACCGGGAGAACGAGGUGAAGAGUUUCCGGACGCUCCACGCACACCGCUGCGCCCCUCGUCUCUACUGUACCUUCAACAACGGCCUCUGCUAUGAGUUCCUACAGGGCCAGGCGCUGGAACCCGAACACAUCCGCAGCCUGCCCACAUCCAGGCUCAUCGCGAGGCAGCUGGCUAAGUACCAUGCCAUCCAUGCUCACAACGGAUGGGUGCCCCAGUCAGACCUGUGGCUGACAAUGGGCAAGUACUUCGCCCUGGUGCCCAAGUUCUUCCAAGACCCAGAGAUGAACAUGAGGUUAAACAGUGAGGUGCCUAGUCGAAGGCGACUGAGGGAAGAGAUGGUGUGGAUGCAGCAGAGUCUGUCUGUGCUGGGCUCUCCUGUAGUCCUCUGCCACAAUGACCUGCUGUGUAAGAACAUAAUCUAUAAUCAGCAAGGAGAAAAUGUCAAGUUCAUUGACUACGAAUACGCUGGGUACAAUUACCAAGCCUAUGACAUUGGGAACCACUUCAAUGAAUUUGCAGGUCUGAAUGAGGUGGACUACAGCCACUACCCAGAGCGGAGUUUGCAGCUACAGUGGCUGCGCUCCUACUUGGAGGCCUAUAAGGAACACAAAGGUCAAGGGUCAGAGGUCACUGAGACAGAGGUGGAGGUGCUCUACGUACAGGUCAACCGCUUCUCCCUGGCAUCUCAUUUCUUCUGGGGCCUAUGGGCUCUGAUUCAGGCUGAGUUCUCCACCAUUGAUUUUGACUUCCUGGGAUACGCAGUCCUUCGCUUCAGCCAGUAUUUCAAGAUGAAGCCAGAGGUUGGAGCGCUGAACUUUCCAGAAUAAAAGUCCUCCUCCCUAUCUGGUCCUCAUGUCCACCGUAGAGUGCCCUCUAGGGGGUGUCGGGAAAGAAGACCCGGAGAGAGCCUAGUCCACACUUCCUGUGGAUUUAAUUCGGCACUCACUAGAGACUCAUAGAACCCGAUGGGAACUUGUAGAACUAUAUUAGAACUCCUAGAACCCUAUGGGAGCUUAUAGAACUAUAUGAUAACUCAUAGAACCCUUUGAGAACUCAUAGCUGUUAGUAACCAUGACUCACCAUCCAUUGACACUCCACAGGGCCAAUUCCAUAGCAUCACUGCUACAGACAGAUCCCUACCUAGCUCGCUAUAGAAGCCUAGAACCAUGCACUUCUUCAUAAAGACUAAAGUCUUUAAGACCCAGCCCUCCAAAAUGUCAAAAUAUGCAAGGGGACAAAAGAGCACUAUCAAGGCCUUUUUUGUUGUUUAAGGACAACCAAAUGAAAACGGUGUCACGUAAAAUAUGGUGAAUUCAGUGUGACAUUCCAGUAGCAUCUCUCACCCCAGUCUGUGCCCGUCCACAGGGGUAACUCACAACAGGGGAGACCUGGACCAAUUCUGUAACUUGUCUCCUGUGUUGUGCUGCUGACUGACUGGGAAUAUUAGUGCGUGUGGGCUCACUCCGAGCCAUUCCUAUUGGAUAUAUACAUCUCUUAUCUGGGCUCGCUGGUCCACUGAUUAUUUAGUCACCGGUAUAGCUGUUGGUUUAAUGGUAGGUUAUAUAGUAAGUUACCAAUAUGUGUUGGUGCACUUGGUAUAGUCACCAAUAUAUAUAUUUGUUGGUUAAAUGGUUAGACUCACUUACGUACUGUCUCCUAGGUAACAGACAGGAGCGCAUCAAUCUUGUUUACAUUCUGUUCCCCUGACUGAAACGACGUCCACUUCCUUACCGUGACUAGGCUGUAGUUUGAUUCAUGGGAAAUGUGUCAUGAUGACGGCCAGGAAUAUUUCCUGACCAUUUCCUGGUGAAACUCUGACCAGGAGAAACUCGGGGCCUUCUGGUCUGGAAACCCUCCAAGCCCAAGUCAUGACUGUUAUGUUCACUGUAUUAUAAGUCAUUUAGAUUGACUUUCUGUUUUAUCAUGUAACCUCAUGGGGCAGUUGUAUUUGGCUAGACUCCGCCUGAUCCUGGACUAAAAGGCACUUUCAAUGGAGAGUUGAUGUUCAAUGGUGUCACCUUUUGGAAGUGAUUUUUAGUCCAGGAGUAUAGGCUUAAGCUGGUAUAUUGUUGCCUGGCUACCCAUCCACAUCACUCCAGCCAACUGAAGUUUCUUCUCCACAAUGAGUCUGGAUUUGCCUCCCUCCCUGAUGAUUUCUAGAAUGUGAACACAUUCUGAGCGUUCUGAUUGGUCCCAGAGUCGGGCCAGAUCCGGGCCUACAUGGAUGACAUUAUCAACUUUGAUACUCUGGUUAGAUUCUGUUAGACCAUCCAAUCGCUGUUGAAUUUGUUUUGUACAAUGCCCCUCGUUUUGAAGUCACACAAACAACUUCUAGGAUGGCAGUUUCAGACCGUGUAUGUAGGGAUCGAUAGCGCAGCGGAAUUAAAUUCAGGGUGAGUCGUCUGACAAGGUUUAGUGCAACUCUGUGAGACAACUGAGGUAAGACCUAUGAUUGGAGGACCAACGGCUUUGGUAGGGAGUGUCUUUGAAAGAUGCAUCUUUAACUGAAAGAUUCUAACAGUAUAGUAGUUCAUGUCUUCAUCUGUUUAUAAUGUAUGCGCUGCUUGGCUCUAGAAGUUCUUUACAACAAAAAGUUCCAUCUAAUAGGUAAAAACCAACCUACACCAAAGUGCUGGUCUUUUUUGCUUGUACAUAAUUGCACAUUGUAUUUUUCCAUUUAGAAAUAAUACUAUUGAUAAUGUACAAUAUUUACUUUUUAAAGUGCAGUUUUAUACCUAUUUAAGUGAUCAUCUGUUUUCUGACUGGGAGGUCUUGGAGUAUGUUAGGAGUGUGUUAAAACAGAUUCAACGUUGGUCAGGGCAGGUCUGUGCUGUCACUGCACAGACGCCGGGAUGAAGAGACCUCUUGAUAGGCUGCUGAAAUGGCACCCUAUUCCCUACAUAGUGCACUACUUUUUGACAUGGCGCUGGUCAACAGUGGUGCAGUGUAUAGGGGGCUAUUUCGAAUGAAGACAGACUGUAUUUUCCAUUCAUACUCAGCACUUCCAUGCCAACGGUAUCAGUCUGCAGAUCUGCAGCCGUGGUCCUAUGGGGUUGCUAGCACCUGUGAGAACCGCAUUUCAAGGCACCUUUUCAGGGUGCGGCUGCGAGUCUAUAGACCGAUGCCGCCCUAUACCCUACGCUCCUGACCUGUGCAGCCCCUCUACAUGUUAAGUGAACCCCGUCGACUAUAGCGAAGGAACCACCAACUGGGAAGUCAGCCAGGCGUUACGGUAUAUGUCUGUCUUAACUCUGUGUUCACUUGUUGUUUUGAGCAUGUCUUUUUAUUUUGAUGUGGCUUUGUUUUAAUGAUAAUCAACAUGUCUGUUUUCUGGGUUUAUGACUGCAGUGUCUGAGAUGGUAGGUGUAUGUUCCCUCACUGGGAAAUGGAGGACGGGUCAGAAAUCGAUUGUUGUUGUUCAGAUCCUAACUUGAGAGAUGUGCGUUUUUAAGUUACUCAGCUUUUGUGAAAGUUCUCUACUGACAUCUGUGCAUGGAUUUAUGAAAAGGUUUGUUUUACACUUGACUCAAGUUAGGGUUGCGUUUGUGUGUUGUCCUUAUCUGCAGACCAUGCCAUGUUUUUAACCACACAGGGUGCACAAAUAGUGCGGAAGUAUACUGUCAAAUUGUACAGCUGUAGCUUACACACGUGCGCUAUAAUGUUAAAACGGAAUCAUAAGAACACUUCGUAACGCAAGUCUGUUUCCCUGUUGAGUUUCAUUCUGAAAUGAACACAAGACCACUUUUAAAAAAACAACAUACUUUCAGCUUACUCAAUACUGGUCUGCUUCUUUAAAGUUUGUAUAAAUGCUCUACUCUUAUUUCUUCUCUGGCAUUUGUAGCAUAUGUGUAUAUGUACAUUUCAAAAUCAAAUGUAAUAUCUCUGCUUGAACUGUCAAAUGUGAAUGACUGUACAUAGUUGUUUUUUUUCUAAACAUUGCUCUUAACAUCAAGUAGUCUUUUGUUUAACUGUGAAAUAAUCUUAUCUUUUGAAUACUGUACACAAGUGCUGUGAAAGGAGAUUAAAGUCUAUUAGCCAGU